GUGUAUUAUCUAAAUCUCGAGCAGCACUAUUUUUGAUAAGCAGCAAUACUUAAAAGCAGCAACAUGGAGCUAAACAAAAAUAACAGCAGCGUAGCAAACUCAGUUUGCCAGCGUUCGCCGUUUAGAUGUCAGUGAAGCAGCGACAGCGGCAGAGGUGUCGUUAGUAUUUGAAAUGACAACAGAAACAGCAACAACAACAAAUAAAGCAUCUCAUAUUGCGGCGUUGGACGUGGGGACAACGUACGUACGAUGCUUUGUUCUCGACGACAAAUGUGUGGUCAAGGGGUCGGCAGCAGACACAGUGGAGCUAUUAAAUCCGCAGCCCGGUUACUUUGAGAUCGAACCCGAGGGAUUGUGGCGCAAGAUAGUCAAGGUGAUAACGGAAUCGAUACGAGAUGCCAAGUUAACGCCUGCGAAUAUCACCUGCUUAACGAUUUCCACACAACGCUGUACAUUCCUCACCUGGAAUCAUCGCACCAAGGAAUACUAUCACAACUUUAUCACAUGGAAAGACUUACGAGCCGAUGAUUUGGUGCAGCAAUGGAACGCAAGCUGUUCUCUGCGUGGCAUGAAUGGCGUCGCCUAUGCUUUGUAUUUGCUCACUCGAAAUUCUCGUUUCUUGGCCGGCAGCGUGCUCAAGCUGAUGAACAGCCAGGUGACGCCACGACUGCUCCAUGAGAUGGCAUACAACCCGAAACUGCAGCAGGCACUGCAACGGAAGGAAGCGCGCUUCGAGUUGCUCGAUUCUUGGAUACUUUACAAACUGCGUUCGGGCAACGGCUUGGAUGUGAAUGUGGAGCACAUAACCGAUAUUACCUCAGCCACAGCGACGGGUCUCUAUGAUCCCUUCACGCUCAACUGGUCCGCCAUUGGACGCUUGCUGUUUCGCAUCGAUCUCAACAUCAUGCCGCGUGUGGUGGAGAACAGCUAUCAGAACUUUGGUCAUGUGCAUCCCGCUGCCUUCGGUCCCGAUUGGGGCGACACCAAGAUACCCAUUGCUGCCUCUCUGAGUGAUCAAACAGCUGCCAUUUGGGGCUCACAAUGCUUUAGCACUGGCGAUGUCAAAGUUACCAUGGGGACUGGUGCUUUUCUGAACCUAAUCACGGGAGUGGAGUGCAAGGCAGUAAUUAGUGGCAUGUACCCGCUGGUGGCCUGGCAGCUGAAGCAAGGCUCGAAGCUGCAGCAACGUGAUACCAUCUACUGCAUCGAGGGAGCAGCUCAUGACUUUGGCACUGUGGUGAGCUGGGCGCAAUCUUGUGAACUGUUCGACGAUCCAGCCGAGACUUCGGAUAUUGCCACAUCUGUGCCAGACACUAACGAUGUCUACUUUAUGCCCGCCUUCAGUGGACUGGGGCCACCGGUUAAUGAUUAUCGCGCUGCCAGCGGGUUCAUUGGCAUGACGCCAUCCACAACCAAAGCGCACAUGGUGCGAGCGCUUCUAGAGAGCAUCGUCUUUCGGGUGGUGCAACUCAUUGAAAGCGCUGAGGAGGAAACGCAUCAGAAGCUGAAGGUCAUCAGAGUUGAUGGCGGCGUCUCCCGAAACGAUUUUGUCUGUCAAUUUCUCGCCGAUGCCAGCGGUUUAAGUGUGGAGCGCGCCGAGUGCUCCGAGUCCAGCAUUAUGGGAGCCACUUACUUGGCUGGCGUUAAUCAUGGCAUCUGGCAAACGCUCGAGGAGCUCAAGAGUUUCCGCAAGGUGGAGCGCAUCUUUAAGCCGCAAGCGAAAAAUUACAAAGUCAUUUCUAAUCGCAUGCUGAAGUGGAACAAGGCCAUCGAACGCUUUAGUGGAUGGUAUUGAAGACUUGAAAAGGCAACCACAUCGAUUUUUUAGUAUGAUAUUAAUUUGUUUACCACCUGCACUUUUGUAGAAAAUAAAAAUGGUCUAUUAGCUUUGUUA